AUGUCUACAACCCCAGAUUCUAGAUCAUUAAUUUUUCUGAAUCAGCAUGUUGAAAUGUUAGUGUUAUUAGGGAUCUUACUGUUUCCAACAUUGGUGAGCUACCUACGUCGCUUGAUACACAAAACAGUUGAAGAAAAUUUCCCUGAAUUAAUCACUUUUUCCAUUGGAAGUGGUGAUUUCAGAUGUACUGUCGUGUCAUUCAAAGUAGCUUGUGAAAGGGGACCCCGAGGACUUGAGCUGAUGAGUGCAAGCAUUCCUCAUGUGCCACGGGGUAGAGGCAGAGGAAGGGAGUUGACCUCAGCUGAACGAGUUGCUCAAUGGGUUAACCAGCGAGAAGAGAGACGCCUCACUAAAGAAAGAUGGGCCGGUUCUACUGUACAGGGACAGCUAGUGGAAACAUUAAAAUCAUCAGUGGAAUCAGAUUCUAGCUCUGAAAGGUCAAAAGCUAGACGUCAAGGUGCUCAGUUGUAUGUGCCACCCAGCUUAAGAGAUAAGAAACUUAAUGCCACAAUUGUGUCACUAGCUUCAGGCCUUGUCAGCAAAACAGGAAGUGAUGAUAAUCUCAUGACCAAUGAGCUGCAAGAAACAUCUGCAUCAGUUGUUGAAACUCCUUCAGUAGCAUCUUUUGAACAGGAAGUAGACAGGACCAGGUCAAAAGGAAGAGGAAGGGGGAAAAAAAAGCCAGAAGUUGAGAUUUAUGUUCCCCGUGCAAUGAGGGCCUUCAAAAAUGACACUAAGCAGGAAGAGUUAGCCGUGUCUCAAACUAAUGGAUAUUUUUCCGUUAAUCACAUAGAUAAUGACCAAAAUAUUACUCAACCAGAUAUUAAAGACAUAAAAGGAACUUAUGUUGAUAGCAAAGAGAUUGACAGAAUGGCAGAAAUUGAUUUAAUUCAAAAUGACCAACUAAUCAAUAAAAUUAAUAUCACUGUAGCAGACCAACAUCUUGACGAAGUUGAUACUACAGACUCUGACAGACCAGUUGAAUCUAUAUUAGAAACUGAUCUUUGUUUAGUUCAAUGUGUUCUUGAUAGAGAUAGUAUGAAUGGACUUCACACCUCUGAAGGUGAAUUGAACAAGCCUAUUCAAUUAUCAUCAUGCCUAAAUGUUGGCACAUCUCACCAGGAUUGUGCUAAUUGUCUAGUCAGUCAAAGUGCUGAUAUAAAAUCUUUGGAGUAUGAAAAUGUAGAUAAACUAUAUUUAGACACUUCAGAAAGUUCUAGUUUUGACCACUCAUCUGUAGAGGUCAAACAUGAAAAGUGUAAUGCUGAUGAAACUAAUGUUGCAACUAAUGUUGCACCUGAUUUCACAGAAAGGACUAGCAAUGCAUUCACCUUUGAGUUCUAUGACCCUGCAGUUAUAGCUUUCCUACCGUCUCCACCUAUUCAAACUCAGCAUGUUGAUUUCCCCAGACCUCAAGAGCAUACUUCUGUGUGUCAGAGCAACUCUAGUUCUAAUUCACAAUGGAAGCCUUUGAGUGAUACACUAGUAUCAUGUGACAAUGUGUGUGAGUCCAACAUGCACCAUUCUUUAGACAUAUCUGAACAAAAUGAUUAUAGUCCUUUGAUGGCCAGCAAUUAUGAUUAUUCCAAUGAUGUAAUUCCUAGUGCUGUGGCUUCUACUAAUGAUGAUUCUAUUCCAUGUAAAAUACCAGUAAACCCAGUACUCUCAGAAAAAUUACCCAGCAAAAAACAUAAAAAUAAAAAAAAGACUAAAGAUUCUAAGGAAUCAAAGAGUAAAAAAGGGAAGGUGGAAGGCAGUAAAAAGGUCAAGAAACCUUCAGGGGAGAUAAAUGGUGUAAACAAACUUGAGCGAGAACAGAAAAAAACAAGUAUUUCAAAAGAUGAAAAGUAUGAAGAGAAUGAAGGUGUUGAGGAUUCAUGGGACACCUUAUUUGAUGAUAAUGGUGACUGUCUUGAUGAAUCAACGAUGAAGGAGUUAACUGAAUAUGUAGGUCAGGUAGAAAUUGAUAAACCAAAGAUCAAUUAUCUAAAAUAUGAGCCUAAAGAAUUGCCUUUAGAUACAGAGGCAUUUAGUCACAUUAUAGAAAUUUAUGACUUUCCCCCGGAAUUAGCAACAUGUGAUCUUAUUGCAGCCUUCAGGGAAUUUGCAUCUCGAGGAUUUGAUGUUAAAUGGGUGGAUGAUACUCAUGCUCUUGGGGUGUUUUCUAGUGCUGUGGCUGCCAAUGAAGCACUGAAGAUGUUUCACCCAUUACUUAAAGUAAGAUCAAUGUCAGAGGCAUCAAAAAAAGGACAACAGAAAGCAAGACAUUGUCAAGAGUUUCUUCAGCCUUACAAAGCUCGACCUGAGACUACUUCAAUAGCAGCUCGACGGCUAGUUGCUGGGGCUCUAGGUAUGGCUCCUCGGGUAUCAAGGGAAGUAAGAGAUCAGGAGAAACAAAAGUUGAAAGAAGCAAAAGAAAAAAGACGUCAAGAAAGACAACAGAAAAGUGAUAUGUGGGAUGGUUCAUUUGGAAAGUGUGCCAUGGACGAUGAAGAUCAGAGUGUCAGAUAACAUCAAUUCUACUCAUAAAACUAUGUUUUAUUCUUGGUGCUAGUUCUUCCUUCUCCCAACUCCAAUGUGCUGUCUUUGUUUUUGACUAUUAGUCAACAAUGCUACUGAAUACCAAGAGAAAUAUUUUUAGUAGAAGCAUGAAAUAUCUACAACAUGCCUUUUUAAUGAAGUUGAUAGUGUGUUUGUUUUGUUGUUUUAAAUGUUCAUUUAGAUUGUCACAUAUUCUUUUUGUAAAGUUUGUAUAUUAGUUGACAUUUAAAUACUUCAGUGUUUCUCAAAUUUUAGGAUGAUCUUCCCUCGCGGAUGCCACAUUUUAUCAAUAAUGAUGUGAUGGUGUUGCAUUGAUUUUUCAAGCAACAAAAAAUAUGUAGUGUUUGCAUUGUGGUUAUAAAUCCAUUUUUGAAUAUUAAUCAUGUAAAAAUAUGUUUUAAAACAAAGCUGGAACAUUGUUACCAACAUUAUUAGCUGGUAUAGGUGGGUGCUAACUUAAUUUUUUUUAUUCUUUUUGGUUGGGGGGGGGGUACUGGGUAGUCACAUGUAAAUCUAAAAUGUUUAAGAAAGACUGAAUUAUACUAUUCGCAGAAACCUAAAUAUUUGAUUUCCCCUAUGACCAAAGUUGUUUUAAUUUUUUUUUUUAAGGUGGAUAAGGAAUCAAAUAAACUUCUAGAAAGAAAUUUGAUGUGUGGUAGUGCUUCAGAAAGCAUUAUAAAAUGUUAAAUGAUAUUGAUACAAAUAAAUAUUGAACACAAAAGCCAUACUAAUUUAAUAUUAUAAUUUGUAUUGCUCAAGAGAUUAAGAAGUAAGCAAAAAAAUAUGUUAUCAUGUCUAUAGCAGUGAUGUAGCUAAGGAUUUGGGGGCAUGGGGGCUUGACCUCUUCAGGGCCCCAGCAUUUUGACAUUCAACAUCAUGACAUGAGAUAAUGGCUACGCCACUGGUCUAUAGGUUGUAUUGUUUUAUUUCUUUUUUUUUGUCAUUCAAUUUUCAGCAUUUGAAACUCAUUUGCUACAUUAUUUUUAUACUUAACAUAUCUAGUCCUUUUGUGUACUAAGCUUGAAAAGGCAGAUUAACUGUGUAGCCAAUAAGAAUCUUCAAUCUUCAUAGUUUUGUUUAUUGGUACCCACUAUGGCUGGGUUGCUAUAAAGCAUUGAGUACCUUUGCAAAUAUUGAGUCAAGAAAGUGGUAAUACUUAAGACUUAAUACAUUGAACUGGUAUAAAAACUGCAAGACAGUGUGAACAGUUAAAAUUAUUUUUUUUUAUAAAUAUUUGAUGGCUUCCAAAAAAAAGGUUUUGUUUCUUACCAUUAUUGAAUUAGUUUCGUUUUAAUUUAGAAUUUCAUUUUUUGAUAUGAAUCAAGACCAUAAGGAACUACAAAAAAAUAUAUUUACAAAUCUAUUUUGAUUCACUCAUUCAAACCUUUGUCUCAGUGUUGUGCCCCAGAUUUGAAUGAUUAAUAGAAAGAAGUCUGUAUGACAGGCAAAGAGAAGGCUUAGUUUGACUUUGUUGGAUUAAUACAAAUGUACAUUUACCACCAUGAAAUGUCAAUGUUUUGAUCUGGCCAUGCAUUCAAUAAUAAGACAGACAUAUUUGUAUAGACUUUCAUAUUGGAAGAAUAACAUCCAUCAUUGAGUAGUAACGUUUCAAUCUAAAAGCAAACAAACUGUAUUCUGAGUUAUCCAUUUUUGAAUAAUAAAUUAUUUAUUUUUUAUGUAGAUGUAAUUAUUUUGGUUAGUUUUGUGGAAUGCACCCGUUUGGUAUAACUUCAUAGUGACACAGGCUCUGUUUUCAUUGUUACUUAGGUAUUAGUAAUAUACUGUUUACAGUGAAGCUAUUUUCUCUCAUUGGCAAAGUACAGAGAUAUUCUUGCCAGUGAGUUCUGACUUUUGCUAAAAAUGUGCCUUCUAGAGAUGCCAUUAGACUUAGAGAAAUGUCACAAUUGUGUUCUUUUGUAAAUAUUGCAACCAUUAAGGAUUGACUUUGAAACUUGAUUUCCAAUAUUGAUGUAGAUAAACAUUUGAAAA